AGAUAGCGGAUGCUCGACCGCCGAAGGCUUUCAUCGGUUGAAUGUAGGAAUUCCCAAUACCAGCGUACGGACCGAAAAGCACAAUGGUGUCUCGCACUUAGAUAAGAGCAACGCACAACUUGUUGGCACAGUUGUUUUAAAGUAUCUCUAAAAGCUGAAGUACCAGUAUCGUGGCAGUCCUGUUGAUGAGAACACCGCUUAUCGGCGAAGGCGUUUCUUUCUAAAAUGGCUACGAAAUGGGUAUGGGCAAGUACAUCGGGACCCCAUCCGCCGAACAUGGUCGAAGGAGGUCAGGACAGUGAUGGUUGCAUGAUCUACGUAGGCCGCGCAAACCACGGCGGUGAUCUACUGCCCGCCAAAGUGAUACCGCAGAAAGGUGCCGCUUACGUUGCGUACGGUGGGGAGGAAGUACUCGUUUCCAGCGUUGAAGUACUUUGCCGGAAGGAGCUGGUGUGGGACUCGGCUACCGGCGGAGAAAUCCCACCGGAUGCGGUUGUUGGCGGCCAUACCGGCGACGGAGAGGUUCUGUACGUGGGACGUGCUUACCACGAAGGUUCACACACGGUGGGCAAGGUGCAGCGGUCACAUGGAUGCGUUUACAUUCCCUACGGCGGAGCGGAAGUGGCCGUUCAAAGCUACGAAGUGCUGUGCGAGCGAUAAGGUGUUAAACUGUUGGAAUGAUUGAUGUGAUUUUUUUUUGGGGUCGAUAAUAAAUUGACAGUGGUUUGUGAUA